UUUUGCACAAAAACUAUUGUUUUUCUCAUUGUAUUCAUUGCCUUAAAAAACAAGUGAAAUACAAAUCUCUGGACAAAUAAUAUUCAACACAAUUAGAGCGAUGAUCACAUUGAGGACAGCGUUGAACGCCAACCAAACUCUAAGACAUCACUUCAUAAUCAGUUAUAACAAACAGAUCGUGAGUUCACUGUUGAACAGGGAUUUAGUGAACACCGAUCGGCCGGUGCUGGUGGACAGGUGUUGCGGAAAUGGCUUCCCUGUGGUGAUCAGCAAACGGUUUGGGCGCCGGUAUCGCAAAUGGCACCACUGGCCCAACGAUUUCCUACCAUUUUAUUGGGAACGUCAGCGACAACUGCCCGGACACUUGAGAACCGGUGAUGAGGUGCAGGACAUCGGCACGUGGGAUAAGAAGGCUCUCAUUCUGGACGCACAGUUCAGUGAGGAAUUGAAAAAUGCACCGGAAGUCGUGAGACGACAGUUCACUCUGGAGUUCGCCGAAAGAAAAGAAGUUGUGAAAUACCAAAAACACCACAUUAUGGAAGUCAUGCGAAGGCAUCCCAUGGACAAGACAUCCCCUGAAGCCAGAAUUACCGACUAUACGGUUAAGAUUCGCAACUUUUUGCACCACUUCCUCAAAGUUGAUCCAUGGGCGGCGAGAAUGAAGAUAAUCAGCAAUGGGUUGACAUUAAAGCGGAACAGAAUGUUGAAUGAGUUGUACUAUACGGACAGAGAGAGGUUUGAUUUCGUGACCAAAUCACUCAAAAUAACAUACAGUCCGCCGAAGUUGGGAGAGAUAUACCGAAAGCCCACACGUAAGGGCGAGUUGAGACGACUGGCCACUGAGUACUGCGACAAAAUCAAAACCGACAAACUGGAGGCCUAUCACCAGAAGCUGAUCCAAGAGCAACAGGAGUUCGAGAAGAAUAAGGAAUCUGUUGAGCAGUGGAUCAAAGACGAGGAAAAAUUUUUGGGUAUAUCUGUCUCACAAGUCAAACCAAACCCAUAG